GUCGGAUCCACGAAGAUGGUUCAGUAGAGACGCAAGCAUUCCAUUUCGUUGUAGCACCAUAGCGUUCACAAACUUGACCAUCUACGAUCCAAAGGGGUUGACAAGUCUACUAAGCUACGCAUAUUCGAGUCUUGGCUGGCUCUCCUUCUCCCCCAACGCGGACCUUAUUGUUUCAUUCUGUAUUGGUGGGCGUUGCCUACCCUCUUCUUCCCCAUUUCCCCCAAACGAUAAAACGGCCACCUGUACUUAAAUUAAAUAUUCCUUUUUUACUUCUCCUCUCUUUCUAUUUUCCAAAUCUAUCAAUUUCUAUAAACCAACUUUUUCCUCUACCAAAGAAAAAAGAAAAAACAAAAAACAAAACGUAUCUAAUUCUUUCUCUCUUCUAGAAAUUGCACAAGUUCUCAAAAUAUUCUUCUUUUCUGUAUUCUUCAUAGCUUGAUCCGAUAUUUGAAAAGGGCAGUCAUUUCUUUAUAGAAGUAUUUCUUUAUAGUAGAUUAUAAUAGUAAAGAGAAUGUUUAACGGAAUGAUGGAUCCUGAAUUGAUCAAAAUUGCUCAGGAACAAAUGAGUCGCAUGUCCCCUGCCGAAUUUGCCAAGAUCCAACAACAGAUGAUGGCCAAUCCAGAGUUGAUGAAAAUGGCUUCAGAAGGAAUGAAGAACAUGAGACCGGAAGACUUGAGACAGGCAGCUGAACAGUUAAAGCAUACUCGUCCUGAGGUGAUGGCUGAGAUUGGUGACAAAAUGGCCAAUGCCUCCCCUGAAGAGAUUGCUUCCAUGCGUGCCCGUGUUGAUGCCCAGAUUACUUAUGAAUUAAAUGCAGCUCAGAUGUUGAAGAAGCAGGGUAAUGAACUUCACAGCCAGGGGAGGUUUAAAGAUGCCUUGCAGAAAUAUCUACUUGCAAAGAAAAACCUGAAAGGAAUUCCAUCUUCCCAAGGGAGAUCACUUUUAUUGGCAUGCUCUCUUAACCUGAUGUCAUGUUACUUGAAAACAAGGCAAUAUGAUGAAUGCAUAAAAGAAGGGUCAGAGGUUUUGGGGUAUGAUGCAAAGAAUGUUAAAGCUCUUUAUCGGAGGGGUCAAGCCUAUAAAGAACUAGGCCACUUGGAAGAUGCUGUCUCUGAUUUGAGCAAAGCACAUGAAGUUUCCCCAGAUGAUGAAACUAUUUCAGAUGUAUUAAGGGAGGCCAAAGAAAGAAUGGCUAACGAAGGUGGUAAUCACAGACGAAGUGGAUUGGUAAUUGAAGAACUAACCAAAGAAGAUGAUGUUGCAUCUUCUCAAAACCUAGGUUCAUCUAGAGAAACUUCAGCGUUGCAACCACGAGAAAGUGUUGAUGCACGAAACAUGAAGAGUGGGACUAAUGGCAGUGGCUUGACAAUGAAUUCAGAGUCCCUGCAGGCUUUAAAGGAUGACCCAGAAGCUAUAAGAACAUUCCAAAAUUUCAUCUCGAAUGCUGAUCCUGAAACUUUGUCUGCUGUAAGUGGUGCAAAAGCUGGAGAAUUGUCUCCUGAUAUGUUUAAAACUGCUUCAAAUAUGAUCAGCAAGAUGUCACCUCAAGAGCUCCAGAAAAUGCUCCAAAUGGCCUCCUCAUUUGAAGGGGGAAACCAAUUUGCUGCUAGUAGUUCUUCAGAUUCUAGUUUUAACAGCUUCCGUCCUGGUUCUGUUCCUCCAAAUGUUACACCAGACAUGCUUAAAGUAGCAACUGAUAUGGUGAGUAAGAUGCCCCCAGAAGAGCUUCAGAAGAUGUUUGAAAUGGCAUCCUCUUUGCAAGGAACAGAUACGCUUCCAGUUGCUGGAGCUCUAAAAACUAAUGCACUGAAUUUAGACAAUGGGUCCAAACUGACAGGGCAAAGAGAAAAUUGUGCAGUUAACCGGAGUAACAUGAAUGGUGAAUCUAGUUCCUCUAAUGAUUUCUUUUCAAGCACCAGAAAUGCUUCUCAGCCAAGCUUUCCUAGCUCAACUGCUGAUAUGCAGGAACAAGUGAGAAACCAAAUGAAAGAUCCAGCUAUGCGGCAGAUGUUUACGUCAAUGAUGAAGAAUAUGAGCCCAGAAAUGAUGGCUAAUAUGAGUGAACAAUUUGGACUAAAACUUUCGAUGGAAGAUGCAGCAAAAGCUCAACAAGCCAUGUCCUCUUUAUCACCAGAAGACUUGGAUAGAAUGAUGCGAUGGGCAGAUAAGAUCCAAAGAGGAGCCGAAGGUGCGAAGAAGGCAAAGAACUGGUUACUGGGGAGAUCUGGUAUGAUUCUGGCCAUAUGCAUGCUCAUCUUAGCAAUGAUCCUUCAUUGGCUGGGCUACAUUGGGAAGUAGGGCAGUAACUAAGUUGCUUUAAGCCUUUGCUUUUACCAUGAGGUGCAAAGUUUAUCCUCCUACAGAGCUGCAGUUGUCAAAACUGUUUGUGUAUCCUUGACAAUAAGAAUGAGAAGUGGUAGAGGGAAUGGAGGUAACUGAGCGGAGCGCACGGAUGUAAUGUGCAUAAUGGGUGAUGAAGAUGAUCAUACCCAAGAGUGUGCUUCUGUGUCCCACAAAAUUAGUUUUUUGAUAUUUGUUGCACUUUUGAUUCUUAUUUGUAAACUUUCAGUGAAAGAGAUGAGAAUUCCUAAAAGGAUUCUUAUAAAAGGGUCAAAAGUUAUGCAAGUGAUGUCUAACGUCCACUAACUUUUUGUAAUAUUGUGACAGCAUAAAUGGGUGUUGCUAAGGACAUGAAAGCCACCCACCACUGAACCAAAUGAGAAGCUUCCUUGCAUUUUCA